AUGAAGGCAAUCGCAACUCUUCUUCUGGUCCUCAUAGGCCUGGUCGGCUUCUGCCUUACACAGGCAGAUGAAGGCCCGACAGUCCAUCUCCCGGGCUCUCAAGUACUGGGCAUACUCGCUGAUGGCGUCGACUCGUUCUACGGCAUGCCUUAUGCCGAAUCUCCAGCUGGCCGUAAUCGCCUGAAAAGGCCUGUGAAGAGAACAAAGCCUUUGGGAGAUUUUGAUGCCACCACAUUCGCACCAGCAUGCCCUCAGGGUCAUUUCGGAGCUAUCAAGUUUGAUGAACCAUGGCACAAGAGGACUGUCAACGUCUUUAACGUCGAUAGUGUCGAUAAAGCCGACAAUUUCGAUAGCAAUCUGGCAAGAUGGGACGCAGCCAAUCCCGUACAAACGUCAGAGGACUGUUUAACGAUUACGGUCCAGCGUCCGGCAGGAAUUAAGGCGGGAGAUAAUUUACCAGUUCUGCUCAUGCUUGCCGGUUACAGUUUUGUCAUGGGAACGCCGUACAGAUAUAAUGUCACCAGCUUCAUCAAGUUUGGCGCUGACAUCGAGCAGCCAUUCGUGCUUGUGACUGUCAACUACCGGACGGGCCCUUGGGGCUUCCUACCUGGUGAACAGAUGCUGGGAUCUUCGAAUCUGGGCCUCCGGGAUCAGAGGAUGAGUAUGGAAUGGGCAUCGGAUAACAUUGCGGCUUUUGGUGGCGAUCCAGAUAAGAUUGUCCUUUGGGGACAUGCGUCCGGCGGCGUCUCGGUCUUCGACCAUCUGGUGAUCAGUGGAGGCAACGCAACAUACAAGGACAGGAAACUCUUCCGCGGCGCCAUAAUGAGCUCUGGGAGUCUCCUGCCUGCAGAGGCUAUGGAUUCGAAAAAGGGCAAUGAAAUCUAUUCGGAUGUCACCGGGGUUCUGACUCCUCACUUUCGGCCCGAUCUUCCACAUUACAAGGACUCGCUGCAAGCUUUGCGCGAGGCACCCUAUUCGGAUUUUGUACAGGCAACCAAUGUCUUCCCCGGGGCUCUCAGUGCAGAAGCCAUGAGGCUGGUGUAUGUUCCUCGACCUGACGAUGAUUUAAUCCGACAUAGUCAAGAGGUGCUUCUCAAGGAUAACAUGUUUGUCCCAGUACCCAUGAUCUUCGGCACUCAGGAAGACGAGGGCACGAUAUUUGCCCAGAAGCAAACAUCAGUCAAUAAUACAAGGAGACUGAUGAAGUAUCUUCGGGGGCACUACUUUCACAACAUAAGCAAUAGCCGUAUGGAAGAUUUUCUCAAAAAUUACCACACGAAACCUCUCGACGGUAGCCCGUACGGCACCGGCAGCGAAUUUGAGAGCUGGGUCGGCCGAAAGCGUUUAUCGUCUGUCAUUGGCGAUGUCUUCUUCACCAUUCCUCAGCGUAUCGCAAUGUCACUGAUUGCUUCGGCUCAGCCUGAGCUCCCUAUAUGGGGAUACCAAGCGGCGUACGAUUACAGAAACAACGCCACCAGUAUGUUGGGAACUGCCCACGGUUCAUUUGAAGCCAUGAUUUUCGAGACAGACGAUUAUGUGUCUUCAUACGCGACUAAGACUACACGACGGUAUUUGCUUAACUUCCUGUACGACUUGAAUCCGAAUAAGAGACAUCUCGACCUUGCGACUUGGCCCAAAUGGACGGUUGAGGAGCCCAAGUUGCUGAAGUUCAACAAGUCGGGCCUUUCUACUUUGCUGGAAGUGGAAGGGGAAAGGGGAUACACAUUUAUGAAAAAGCAUUUGGAGAUGUUUCGAAUUUAG